AGCCCUAUUGAAUGAAAAAUCUUAUCGCACAUGGUUGGAAAAAAGAGUCAAUAAGAAAAAUACAAAAACACGUGGUAGGCUUGUUUGUACGAGAUCCAUUGGAUUCUGCUGCUUCAUGGACAACAAAAUUUCGAUCUAUGAAAGUGCAAAUAGCAGAUGCAUUUGCUAUAUUUACGGAUUUGGCGUCCAGAGUUAUGAUUCCUUUUGAUUUGAAGUUAUAUAUGCCUAUUUCACUUGUAGAACGGAAUUGGAAAAUAGGAAAGUUGAGAAAUUCUGUUGGACAAGAGACGCUUUACUUUGGAAAACAUAUAUUUGCAGACAAGUCACAUGUACCCAAUAGCUUCAAAGAUGCAAGUGGAAGAACACAAAAGCCUAAGUUUUCAUCUUCAGUACGAGAAUAUUGUAUCUCAUCUUGCUGUUUUGGCUCAGAAUGGGAACUUAUGAAUAUUGAUCAGAUUAUCGUUGGCAAAUCUGUCAAUGCAUCUCACAAGGAUCAAGAUUUCUCAUUUCCUGGCAACUUUGUGUUUAAUCAUAAGCCAUAUCUUCACGAUUCAGUUAUUCAGGAUGAAAUAUGUUGUAACUUGUUGAAAUUUAUACAUGAUACAACCACUGGCAAACGAAUAGAGCCUGAACUUUUGGGGGAAAUGCUAUCAAAGAAAAGCAAAAUGUAACCAAGUCUCCGCAGAAACGUUCCAAGAAAAGAGAAGCAAAGAGGAAAGAGGUUCUACUUUUUUGGGUAUUAGAGGCAGUUGUGAAUCUUAUGGUCAUUUUAUUAGAUGAGAGGUUGGUUGAUGUGGAUGUAUAAGAUUUCCCUAGUUUUGCAGAUAGGAUUUGAAAAUUGUACAAAUUGUGAAAUGAAUAUUAGCCAGUCUCAUAUUUCCCAAGUAACUUGUAAUUUUUGCUAAAGGAAACUAACCACUUGACACAAACCUUCAUUGAAGAGCUUUUCAAAAAUUAAAUAGUGCUUUAUCCAAGUAGUUCCUGUUCUUAACACAGUCUUGAAAUUGUUGUUGGAUGCAUUGAAGAGAUAGUUAGAAUGCAUAGUAUGACAAGAAGCGAUUUCACAAAUACUCCUUUCAAGAGCUGGAACACUAUUUUCGGUGUCUUCCGAAUUCUAAAGAGAGUGAAAGAAAGAGUGCUGGUCAUAGAAACUAGGACUUUCAGAAUAUCUUCAAUACUAUGGACUCCCAUACCCCAGGUCACUUUUACGCAUGAACAUAACGAUUUAACUAAAUUGUGAAAACAUCGUUGGAAGUUUUACUUUCAAUCUUUUUCUUUGGUUGCCGUGACCACUAAAGUCAGAGUGCAACAAGACCCAAAUGUAUAAACACAAUCUUAACUUC